UGCUAUCGAUAGCAAUCUGUCAAAUUGUAUUAAAGGAAAACAAUGGGUGGAAAAAAAGUACCACGCACUAAAAACAAUGCAAAGCCAUCCAACAGUAGCCGUACGGCCGAGUUGCUGGGCAGUUCCACUCCGUCAACAAUAUUUUUUGGUGGCUUGGGACUUGCCAAUUCAAAUGAUCAGGAUGCCUUCGAUGCCAACAUAAUUCCAGAACUGCAGAUUAUUUUGCGAAAACUAUCCAAAAAAGAUCCUAUGACUAAGAAGAAGGCUCUGCAGGAAUUGUUGGGAUGCAUUGUGGAUAACGAUGUAGAAACACUGAAAACAUUCUUGCCAUUGUGGCCUAAGCAUUAUCAAAAUCUAGCCAAUGAUCCGGAGCACAAUGUUCGUGAACUAAGCCAAUCUGUCACGCAGUUGCUGAUGUCGAAAUGCAAUAGAAAUAUGGCUCCAUAUCUAAAGCUCCUGGUUCCAGUGUGGUUGUGUAGCCGCUAUGAUAGCUAUGCGCCGGCGGCUAGCAUUGCCACCAAUUCUUUUCUUGAAACGUUUGCGGCAUCUGGAGCUAACCGGACAAAAGAAGUUUGUCAGCAUUGCCAAACAGAGAUUCUGGAGUAUGUGACACGUAAUAUUACUUUUCACACGGCAUCUACCAUGUCAUUGGGGAAGAGUCUAACGCCCGAGGAGGAAGAGCAAAAGUAUCAGCGUGUUUUGGUUAGCAGCUUCAAAGUAAUCUCCUUUUUGCUGCAGCAUGUAUCGUCACAAAUAGAGGAGGACAUCAAACAAGGCCUGGCAACUUUGCUGAACCAUCAGAAAUUCUGGAUAUUCGCCAAGCAUAAACUUCCAGCUAUAAGAGCUUCAUGGUUUGAGUGUGUUUAUCACAUACUACAAAUCCCUCUCCUGGAUAUCGUCACUUCACACAAGACUCAAUUGAUUUCUCUGAGCUUCCAGUUCAUAGACGAGGCGGAUCCUCUUGUAGCUCCUCACAUUUGGGGCUGUGUGUUGCUACUGCAAACUAACUACAACGAUUGGUACUCCUCUCUGAACAUGCGCAAGGCCGUAUUGCCCAAGUUAUCCACCAUGCUGAAAAAUGCCUUUAACCGCAAUGCCUCGGCAAUUUGCCCUAAUCUGUUACCAUUUCUAGCUAAUGUCACACAAGAAAGUCUGCAAGAUCUAGAUAUUUUGGAGUUCUAUAAACGAUUUUUUGAUGACUUGAAAAUAGGCAUAGUCGGAACAUAUGAUCCGCCGCUAUCCAAGUCGGAUAUAAUGGUGAUUCACAAUGCCUAUUUUGAGUGUAUGCGUUUUCUGCUUCAACAGAUGAAUCAGAAAGAGGGCGGAGAAGAAGAGCAGAGGAAUGAUUUCGCCAUUGAUUUGCUUCAGAAUCAUUUGCUUAAGCCAAUAGCUCAACUCUUAUCGGAUGAGAAUGCCCACGUAAAGUGCUUCUUUCAGCAUACAUCCGCACUGGUUGCCUUCUGGGAUCGCCAGUGUCAAAAUGGCCACGACAAGUCUUUGCUGUAUGGAAAGCUAUUGAAACUAUUUUGGACAGACAUUUUUGCAUUAGUCACUGAGAACUUGGCUGUCCAGGGUGAAGUGAACGAGCACUUGCUGUCGAAUGUUUUGCUGUUAGUCCAGAAUUUGCACGUGGCUAAUCCUAGUUUAGAGUCGCCAAGUGUCAAGUUCCAGGAAGAAACAGAGUCUCAGCAAGAAGAGAUAAUCAGGAGCAGUAAAAAAGAGACCCAGGAGGCAGCAGCCUUCAUACAGAAGGAGCUCAAGCAAUUGGCAAUUAAAUUGGUUAGAAUUUGUUUGGAUAAAGCAAAGAUCUCCACCAAUCCGUCAAGAUAUGUUGAGCAUAUCGGUAUUUUGACUCGAAUGUUCGGCGAUUUGAAGUUCUACGAAAGUCUAACGGAAAGCAACGAGAUCCGGGCCACAUUGGAUGUGAUAUUGGGUCUUCUGGGAAAUGGAUCCCACGAUAUCAAUAAGGAGACGUGCGAUUCGCUAAUGGAUAUUAUUUUUGAAGUUUUGGUUUGGUUGCAGCCGGAGCAACGUUUCGAGUAUAUUGAAAAGUCUCUGUUAAGAGUGCAGCACCACUAUGUACAGAAUCUUCUUCUCCAGCGCCUGCUUUCCUAUCCACUGUGCACAGAGCCUGCAGUCCGCCGCAUGCUAAUCACUGAAGAUAUUUGCACCAUCAUCGAUCGCAUUGCUAAUGAGGUAGUGGCGGAUAAUAAUCGGGAUAAGCUCAAUUUACUGCAUAAAUGCUUCUUUCAAACGGACACGGGUGAUAUACUCAUCAAUGCUGGCACAGUGGACCAGAUAUUGCGUGCAAUGUCGCAACCGUUGGAGCAAUCCUCCAACUUGGACAGUGAAACGGUGGAAGUGUGCGGUAGCUUUAUAGCUCAAAUUAUGCCUGUGAUUUGUAGCAAUGCCAAUUCAUCAUUGGCAGUGCGUCAGGAGAUAUUCCUGAAGCUGUUCAAAUUCAGUUUGGAGCAUCAGCCAGGAGACUAUCUAUCGGAGGAUACGCUGUGGGAGCUAACCACCUGCUGGCAGGAUGCUCUCUCCAGCAAGGAUAUCGAAAUUGAUGAAGAUCUAUUAAACAAAUGUGCGCAAAUAGUCGAACAACUGGCUUACAAAGUGUGCGACACUGAAGUUCGAACUGCCGAAGAAAUUCUGGUGGAUAGCAUGGCUGAGGCUAUGGCCAAGUUUGUUAUCUGCUCCACAGAGAACAUUGAAGACGAAACAACGAAACUUGAACGCAUAGAUACAACUCUAAAGGCCCUUCUAACAUCGCCAAUGAUAACUGAUGAACUGGUACACAAAUUUGAAAAUCGCUGUGUCUAUCUACAGGCUCUACAGUACGAGCUGGUGACAGGUAUUACUGCUGGCUCAGAAUUCAAAUCGGCCUGCUUCGAGGAGGAGCUCAUUCACAGCGUUAUAAGGCGUGCCGCUCUCAAUUUCUCUACCAUUGUUAAGCUGGUGUGUCCUGUGGACACACACGAGCAGCAGCCUGUCGCCAAUGGUGGCGUGGACGAUGAAAUUACCGAGGACUACUGUGAUCCCAAUGAAAAUAUUUUAAAGCACUGGAGUGACUAUCUGAAAGAGAAGAUCUUGCAGUGUCUCCGUGUGGCCGCUUCAGCUGAUUUGUGGCUGGAAAUUAGCGGUGAUCUGCAAUGCCCGAAAUUGGACUUAGUCUGCAUGCUUUCGGAAAACGUGCACAAUUUUAUGGGCAACAGCAGCGGUUUGGUCGAUAUCAUCAAGGAUCGUCUUGAGCAGCAGGCUCUCGAGCAGCAAUGCAGUCCAAUCAACAGCCGUCUCUUGGGUUAUCUAGUUCACCACAACCAAUACACAGUCUUCGAGGAAAGCGCUACUAUAUUGUUGCAUGAGCAUCUGGCUGAAAUUCUAACGAAUAAUGGAUCAUACAAAGCAUAUGUGAUGAUACUGCAGCACCUGCUUCCAAAGUUAGCACAAAGAUCUCUUGGUCUCAGCUUGCCUAUUAUGCGCACUGAUCCCCCUGAAAUCUGGGUGAAAGCUGCCGUCUUUCGUUGUCUCAUUGUAAAUAAUUUCGCUACGGAUCUUAAUACGCCUUCGGAUCGUAAUAUUAUUGUGUCGGCUGUACAAUUUCUUACUACCAUAGGGGAACAGAAUGCCAGCCAAAAAGAUUUGCUGCAUUACAAUGUGGAUUUACACAAGAUGUCCUACGAUUCAGUUCUGAAUACUGUGGAGUUUAUUAAACUUCUAACAGAAGUUCUUCAACGAUUUCCCUAUGAACUGAGUAUCAAGAAUUGGGACACGAUACGCAUUGGUCUUAGCUCAUGGAUAUUAACUCUGUCCAAAUCUCUGUCAAACUAUUGUGAUCCAAAGAUUUCUUUCUUUAUGUCGGCUGUCUAUCAACUUUUUGCCUCACUCAUGCGUUUCAUAUAUAGCGAGAAACAAAAGAGCUCAACGGAAAUGCUUAAAAAUGUGAUUGAUGAAUGGGAUACAUUAUUUGCACGGGAGGUUAAUGUGGUCUUGUUUAAAUCCUUUUACCAAGUAACCAAUGAAGAAGCGAAUGUCGACAAGGAUUUCCUGGUCUGCCAUCAGGCUCUUUUGGAAUCUAUAAUACCCACUUUGGAAUUCAUCGAUUACAGUUUUAUCUACAGCUUCUGCAAGUCGCCCAAUGCCAAAAUCAGUUUGGACCAUUUAUGCAAUUAUCUGCUGAAGCUACUUCAUAAUCGACAAUAUAGUGUACGGCUUUUUGCUGUACAUGCUCUACGGCAAUUGACACCCGACUUUGUGGCCGAUGACAUUCAGCUAAAUGAGAAACAUCAAAGUGAUUUGGAUAUCAAUGUGUCCUCACCCAUUACACAAUGGCACUUUUUGAAUCGCUUUGAAGAUUAUAUUACGCGCUACAAUUCGCUAAUAGAGAACUAUUUGAAGGAGUUCACAUUCAAGCUAACUGAACUGGACGACCUGGAACCCAUUGAUAAACACAAUGCUUUAAGCUACUUACUCAUUUGGGAUUGCGUGCUCAAUGCAUGCGCCAGAUCGCCAGUGUCGUUGCGUGCCGUUUACACCAAUUGGCUAAAUGAGAAUCACUACGAAGAGAAUUUUCUACAUUUUCUCUUCCGUGCCAUGCCGGUGGACAUAUUGAAGAAUCAUGGCGCCAAAUUGCAAAGCAAUAGUGUCUUUAAGGAGCUCACUUGGUCUCAAUUGAAGGAUAAAGAACUUUCUUUGGAACGAUAUGCCUGUCACUUGUACACUGAAGUAUUACGCAAAUUGCCCGCUGUGGUACGCAAAUGGUGGAAUACCAGCCAGUCCAGACAAAAGAAUUUUGUUGACAACCUUACCACAAACUAUGUGAGCACCUUGAUCUGCAGCGAAGAGCUCAAAGCGAUAGCGAAUCGCAAAGAAAAACACGAAAAUAUGCAGGUUACUGUUCACAUUUCAACUCGAGAAGUAUUGGCUGUCUAUGCAAUUGAUGAGGCUCGCAUGGAGCUGGUCAUUUCACUGGCUUCCAAUUAUCCUCUUGGUGCGGUUAAAGUGGAAUCCGGCAAGCAAAUAGGCGGACGGGCUUCAUCGCGCAAUGUGGGCAUGCAAUUGACUCUCCUUCUAACACAUCAGAAUGGCACCAUUUACGAUGGCCUAACGAUGUGGAAGAAUAAUCUUGACAAGAAAUUCGAAGGCGUAGAAGAAUGUUAUGUGUGCUAUACUGUCAUCCAUCAGGAUACAUGCCAGUUGCCGAAACUGACGUGCAAAACUUGCAAAAAGAAAUUCCACGGACCCUGUUUAUAUAAAUGGUUCACGACAAGCAGCAAAUCGACAUGUCCCAUUUGUCGCAAUGUCUUCUAAAUGUUACAUAAUGUGUUAUAUAUCUAAAUAUAUAUGAAAAGAAAAGGCAAAUGCAAAAAAGAGAAACAAAAACAUUGGCAAAAAUCAAAGAAAAUCAUUUUGAAGUAGUUCAGUUGAAUUUUUGGGCAACCAACCAAUCUGUAAAUCACUAGAAUAAAAACUAAAAACAAAAUUGUAGAAAUUAA